AUGUCUCGAUAUACCACACCACCGGAUGAGACUCCUGAAGAAAGAAAAAAGCGGCUAAAACGGAAGCGACAAACGGAGUGUUACCACCGUCGACGAACCACCGGAACAGUCUCGCCGGCACCUACAGCGGCCUCAACGGGAAUGGUUGGUAGUCACAGUGUGACCUUGGGAGAUGUGGCACCAGCCGCUUGCAACUCAACACCAACACUUCUACCACCACCACCCCCACAGCUGAAUGUCCCAGUACUAUCGCCAUCAUCGCACCGUGAAGCCAGCAACAUAGAAGCUGCAUCCGUCCCAACAUCGUCACUUCCACCACCACCAGCACCGCAACCACUGGUACCAUCAUCAAUAUCAUCAUCAUCAUCGCACCUUGAAUCCCGUAUCCAAGACAUCUCACCUAUGCCUGCCUGGAUGGCUCGAUAUGCCACUCCUCCAGAUGAGACUCCUGAUGAAAGAAAAAAUCGGCUAAGACGAAAGCGACAAACGGAGUGUUACCACCGUCGACGAGCCACUGGAACAGUCUCGCCGGCACCUACAGCGGCCUCGACGGGAUCGGUUGGCAGUCACAGUGUGGCCGUGGGAGUUGUGGAGCCUACCAAUGGCAUCCCAGUAUCAACACUUCUACCAGCACCACCACCGCCGAAUCCCCUAAUACCAUCAUCUUCAUCGCACCAUGAAGCCCGCAAUAUAGAAGCAGCGUCCAACCCAGUAUUGUCACUUCCUCUACUACCAGCACCACAACCACCUGUACCAUCAUCAUCGUCAUCAUCGUUCCAUGCUCAAGAUACCUCAUCCACGCCAGCCUGGAUGUCUCGAUACACCACACCACCGGAUGAGACUCCUGAUGAAAGAAAAAAGCGGCUAAAACGGAAGCGACAAACGGAGUGUUACCACCGUCGACGAGCCGCCGGAACAGUCUCGCCGGCACCUACAGCGGCCUCUACGAGAUCGGUUGGUAGUCACAGUGUGCCCGUGGGAGUUGUGGAGCCUACCAAUGGCAUCCCAGUAUCAACACUUCUACCAGCACCACCACCGCCGAAUAGCCCAAUACCAUCACCUUCAUCGCACCAUGAAGCCCGCAAUAUAGAAGCAGCGUCCAACCCAGUAUUGUCACUUCCUCUACUACCAGCACCACAACCACCUGUACCAUCAUCAUCGUCAUCAUCGUUCCAUGCUCAAGAUACCUCAUCCACGCCAGCCUGGAUGUCUCGAUACACCACACCACCGGAUGAGACUCCUGAUGAAAGAAAAAAGCGGCUAAAACGGAAGCGACAAACGGAGUGUUACCACCGUCGACGAGCCGCCGGAACAGUCUCGCCGGCACCUACAGCGGCCUCUACGAGAUCGGUUGGUAGUCACAGUGUGCCCGUGGGAGUUGUGGAGCCUACCAAUGGCAUCCCAGUAUCAACACUUCUACCAGCACCACCACCGCCGAAUAGCCCAAUACCAUCACCUUCAUCGCACCAUGAAGCCCGCAAUAUAGAAGCAGCGUCCAACCCAGUAUUGUCACUUCCUCUACUACCAGCACCACAACCACCUGUACCAUCAUCAUCGUCAUCAUCGUUCCAUGCUCAAGAUACCUCAUCCACGCCAGCCUGGAUGUCUCGAUACACCACACCACCGGAUGAGACUCCUGAUGAAAGAAAAAAGCGGCUAAAACGGAAGCGACAAACGGAGUGUUACCACCGUCGACGAGCCGCCGGAACAGUCUCGCCGGCACCUACAGCGGCCUCGACAGGAUCGGUUGGCAGUCACAGUGUGGCCGUGGGAGUUGUGGAGCCUACCAAUGGCAUCCCAGUAUCAACACUUCUACCAGCACCACCACCGCCGAAUCCCCUAAUACCAUCAUCUUCAUCGCACCAUGAAGCCCGCAAUAUAGAAGCAGCGUCCAACCCAGUAUUGUCACUUCCUCUACUACCAGCACCACAACCACCUGUACCAUCAUCAUCGUCAUCAUCGUUCCAUGCUCAAGAUACCUCAUCCACGCCAGCCUGGAUGUCUCGAUACACCACACCACCGGAUGAGACUCCUGAUGAAAGAAAAAAGCGGCUAAAACGGAAGCGACAAACGAUUUCAACUCAACACCAACACUUCUACCACCACCACCACCACCACCACCACCACCACAGCCGAAUGUCCCAGUACCAUCGCCAUCAUCGCACCGUGAAGCCAGCAACAUAG